GAAUGUUCUGAAACUGUAAAUUCUGGAAUUAAGAGUCUCCAUUUGACACCUUCCAUAAAACCGAAACCUAAUUUGUGCAUUGAGAGCAUGCCAUCAGAAAUGCUGAUGAAGAUCUUUUCCUAUUUGGAUGCUGUGUCCCUGUUGUGUGUUGGUUGUGUGAAUAAGCACUUCUAUCAUCUGGCCAAUGACAAUGGAAUCUGGCUGAAAAUCUAUUCCAGUUGUUUUCAACCAAAAAGGACAAUUUGGAAAAUGGAGUCUGAACAAACAGAAACUGUUUCCUGGGGCUGUGCUGCACUACAUGACAGAAAGCCUGGGUACUGGAAGAAAGAAUACAUCUUCAAACAAAUAGCUGCUGUCAAAACUAGAGUAAUGCGACUUGUUAAACCUGUAGAUCCUUAUACAGGUCUUCCAUGUAAAAACAAAGAAGCUAUGAAAGUAUCUGGCUUGAGUUGGAUAAUUGUUCUAAAGGACAAAAAUGGAAAAGAACAUGUAAUGGAGAAGGCAAACAUAUCAUUUAAGGACACAUCUGUUACUAUACUUUGGUAUAGUACAAAUUGGCCAUGCUUAGACAUCCUGUCAACCCUAAAACUAUUCGGAGUUACGCCAUUGCUUCCUGACCCAAGCAGAGCUCCCAGCAAGAAUGGACCUCGUCGACGUUCCUUAAUUGCUGAAUACCAUCUUGCUAACCUGACUGAAAGUAGUGUAGCAGUUGGUGCUGAUAAGCUUGUCCAGCUCUUCAGUCUGAAUCCAGGACUCUUAGUAGGACUUUGGAAGGAGAAAAAUGAAAUUGCUUUUGUUAUGGUGAGUCUUCAUUGUCAUCAACUUCUUGAGAGAAGCACUUUGGGUUCUGCUACUGUUCAAUAUGCCCUUCCACCUAAUGAACCUGUGUUGGAUGAUGUUGACCCAGAAUAUGGACUGCAUGACUACAAUCUACAUCUUGAUAUGCACGGUGGAAGCUGCAGCUACCUGUGUGGAACAUUCAAGAGCCUCUUUUGCAGAAAAGGUGACAUUGAAAAUGGAUAUUUGAGGCUCACAGUUGUAAGCUUAAAGGAUAAUACGAAGCACUUGCCUCUUAUUGGGACAGUUGGCUUAUCCUGGGAAACAGAUGUGUUUAAAGGCAAUGUAAAGGACUGCUAUGUGAUGGAUGUUACUCUCUUGGAUGAAACUGGAAAGCCCUUCUGGUGUUUCAGUGCCCCAGUCUACAUGGAACUGUCUUCCAAGGCAUCCAGCCUUUAUGACUACAUGGGUCAUAUCUAUACCACAGACUAUGCAGAUUCAGAGGGUAAAGUCUGUGUUGAGUUCGUAUGGCUGGAAGAAACCAAGGAGUAUUUUAUAGUCAAUUUGGUGCUUUAUAUAAGCACCAAAAAGGUAAAUAACUGGUAUGGAACAAAUUACUGA